GACUGUUGCUCGCGUCUGCAUCUACCUGACCUGUUUGGACUGAAAACAAUUUCAACAUUGGAGUUGCAGGAAUAUAAUUGGAGUGUUUGCCUUCCAACAUGGGCCGCCAGAUAUUCCUGAUCGGGACACUGGCAGUCGCCACCUGCGUGUGCCUGUUCCCAGCGCUAGAUGGGAAGCCAUCACCGCAACGCCCUCAAGUGUUACGCAGGGGUUGCAUCCAGAUGCGUCUCGCACAAGACGGUGACCCGCAGCUGGACCUUCCGGACCUCCCCUCAGCGAUCCAGACCACCUUCGACCGGUUCUCCGAGUCGUGGUUACUCGGUAGAGAAAGCCAGAAGGAGAGGAUGCUGCAGGCCUCCGACGUUCAGACCCUCAUCGAAGAGUCCCUGCCGAAGCUGGCCUUGAUCGACGCCUACGGGGAGCUGGCCCACCAGGCAGCGUCGGCCUCCAAGACCUGGGGCGGCAUCGUCCGCAACGUGACCCUGGAAUACAGCCGCGGCCUGAUGCAGGACGCCUUGCGUAACUCUGAUCAACAGACCACCGUGAUGCCCGUACUGCCUGGUCCCGGAGGGAGACAGAAGCGAUCAUCGAUCACCCCGCCUCCGGCUUCAGAGGAAGUCACCUAUGGUUACCCCAGCUUUAGCGUCCCCCCGCUGAUGGAUUUCGACAUCUCCGAGCGAGCGGACCUCCUGAGAAAGCUGGCCUACUACGGCGUGCUGUUUUUCAAGGAGGAGACGACCCGGGUUGGAGAGGGAGCACCUACUACCGAGAGCAGCAGCGUGCCCCACGCGGCUCCCUUCGAGUCCUUUCUCGAUAGCUUGCUGGCAGCCCACAUCUCGGGCGUGAUGAAGCCUGUUGUCGCUGGUCCAGGAAUGUUUGGGAACGAUGGUGUUACCGGGGGACUCUUGGACGGCUGGACGGGUAUUUUCGGGAGCUUUAGUAGAGAUGAUCUCACGACCCACGAAACAACAACAGACUCCGGGGACAACAACCCGAUCGACUUCGACCCUACCGGCGGACUGCAGUUCGUCAGCCUGCUGCGGACCCUCCAGGGCCAAGUCCAGAGAUGGAUCGAAGAAGACAGCCCGGACCGACCCGCCUUGUACCAAGUCAACUGUUCGAUGGUCGGAGAAGACCGGUCCUCGUCCGUGGCCUGCCGAGUGUGCCCGCCAUCGGAGACAUCGGCCGACGCUGACCGAGUCAUCGACUCGCUCUCCUCGAAGCUGAUGGAGCCGUUCUCGCUCCUGAGGCUCGAGCUGCAGGAUGUUUCCGAGAGCAUCGAGGGACGAUACCGGGACUGGAUAGCUCGGAUGCGAAGACAAGAAAACGCAAACUAUUGGACUAUCGUCGGUGAGAGAGUGUUGGCUUGGAGGCUAGAGGUGGAAAGGGGGUGGAAAGGAGUCGAGGAGUGGGCGAGAGGACAUCACACAAUCACCGAAAACAGAGUGGGGUGUUGUUGCCUAUCUCUCUGGCCCGUUCAGGCACAGGAUAUUCGCACACCCAACGUGCUCCCGAUAGGCGACAAUGAUUGUUCCACAAGGGUUGGAGAGACCAUGGCACGGGUUAUCGAGGGAGCCGGGUUCCCGACUGCAGAGACCGAUUGGUUGGUGAAACUGGUGCAAGCCUGGACGAAGCUCAUCCAAAAGUCGGAGGUCUCCUGGACCGACCAAGUAAGGGCCGCUGUGGAGACAUCUAAGACAGACCUGAUGAAGAUCGGGGUCUACAAGCGCCUGUUCCAGCAGAUCAAACCCACACUCAACCGCAUGAAGAUGACCUUUCGCGCCUCCGCCGACACCACGAUGUUCGGCGAGGCUGAGCAGGUCGACCUGGCUCAGGAGUUCGAGAAGUUUGGGUUCUAUGGUUUAUUGAUGUACCCCCGCGCGGAGUUGCUCACUCAACUUCAAAUAGAAACCCGCAAUUGGCAGGCUCAGCCCUCACAGAGGGAGGCAAAUUUUGAGUUGUACCUGGCGAAGAUUUUUGCCCUUCUAGCCAAUCAGGUUUACGACGCGUUCCAGAUUACAGAUGCGAAUGGGGUUGGUUUUGCAGGCCGCACCAAUGGCACCGAUUACUCGUCGGCUGAGAUUGCAGCUCGCCAGAAAUUCAGCGAUACCAUUCAAUCUCCUAUUUCGGCCUUCGCUGAAAUCAAGAAGUUGGCAUUCAAUGGCACAUUUAAAGGCGAGCCUGGUUUCACCACCAUGUGCGUCGCUGACACGGGAGAGUGUCUCUUCUGCGGUAGCCAGGUUUUCAAAGCUCUCGCGACAGAAGGGGGUAUUAUGGAACAGCUAGAGUCCUACCACGACCUGAUGCUCAGUGCCGACCUCCUACUUGCAGAGUACCUCCAGUCCAUCGGAGACAAAAACCCCGCGACUACAGCCCCCGAGGAGGCAAACAACGGCAUGGGGUCAGCGACUACUACAAGCCACCCGACCACAGAAUCUCCGGUGAUGCAGAUCAUCCCCAAUCCGAUUUCCAUGGAGGUUCUCUCUCAGUCCUCAACCGACGGUAACCUGCAGUGCAAAACGCUGGGAUUUGAUCCAGACACUUGGCAGCCCGAUUUCAGUCAGAUUAUUUUCCCGGAAGACCUGAAGCUGCAGUUGGAAAAUCUGACCCUCACACACGACUGGUCGGCUACGGUUGCACAAGCAAAGGAGGCUCAACAAGAGCUUCAGGGUCUACUCUCGGGUAUCAUCCAACGAUCAUCUGUCAAGAUUUUCCGUCUUGAGGCUUAUGUCAGGUUUCUCCAACAAACUGUGUCGUUGUACAGGCAUGCUGCAAAUCUAAGGGCGCAGAUUGUACCACUUACGGCGGGCGUGCAAAGCCGACCCAUUGAAAUCACAGACGAUGACAUCUUUGGAAGCUUUCAGAAGGCCGCACUGAUCACUCUGCUUGUCACUGAUGACCCCACGUCGACGUCUGGUAUCGGUUCUUUUACUUCUUCUUCUUCUUCAGAAUUCGACACAUUCACCCUCAACGCAAUCGAGAAGAUACUUGAGCACUUUGAAGCAAUCUUUCUGCCUUCACCAGAUCAUAAUCUUAAGAUUCCCGAUAUAGCUGAAUACCUUCAAGGUGUAAAAGAAAGUCUAAAGGGUGCCACUGGAAACGUGUUGCAAACGAGCACUUGGUUGGUGUACAGUCAAUCUCAAUAUCAAGGCGACCUUUCAACAUUCGACAUCCAAUCGUGUGAAAGGCAAAGGAAACUGAAACAAUUCAUUUGCAACUUAUGCACGAACAGUGAUUCAGCAUCCCAACAAUUUGGCGAGAAUUUUGCUACCUAUGACAUAAUGAUCAGUCAAUACCAUCAGGUCUUAGAACAGACUGCACAGACGAUGUCAGAGGUGGUGCAUGCAUAUCUGGAGUCGAUCCGAGAUUCAAAUGGUGGAGUCGACCCAGCACCUACAACUCACGCCAGCACGUCAGAUGUCGAUCACACCACGGAGAGUCCGGGUCUGAUUCCACGACCGAUUUCCCUGUCGGCCCUUAGCGCCUCUGACCUUGGUGCCUGCCGGAGCGCGUCGUUCCUGGGCAACAACUGGGAGCUAGACGUGGCGGGAAUCCUCCCCGAGGUUCUGAGGGAGCAAGCGAUGAACCUCACCCGGGAUCGCGGCUGGGCGGAGAGGGUUUCAACGGCCAAGCAAUCCCGGCAGGACCUCCAGGCACUCCUGGGAGGGAUCAUCGAGCAGUCGUCGGACACGUUGGUCCGCGUGGAGGCCUACGACCGUUUCCUGAGCCAAACGCUGGCGAUGUUUGAACACGUUGCCGAAUUGCAGGCGAAGCUCACCCACUCGACCUUUACUGCUUCAGAGCCCAUCGAAGACAGUGUCUCACAGACCUUUCACAAGAUAGCGCUUGUUGCGGUUAUCCUGUACCAUGAAACCACCAGCUAUGAUGCAGCAGAUAAUGUUUAUACGACCAAGAGUUCUGAAUUUGACCCGUUCGUUGUCGGUGCCAUUGACAUGCUUCUCGGUUACGAUAUGGAAGGUCGAAUGCCAAGUGGGGGACACGACGCGGAUGUCGAAGGCCGUCCCGAUUUGGGGUCUUUCCUUAAGGAGAUCAAGAAUUUGCAGGCCGGCUAUUUGGAAGGCCUGAUGAAAAUGAUGGCUCGGGAUGAUCAAAGUCAAUAUCCUGGUGAGGACGGCUCUAGCUCUCCCUUCGAGGUUGACACCUGCAAAUACUCGUUCAGGACCCAAUCAAACACUUGCAGCAUUUGUGCCGAUCUUGCCAUUGCGUCCUACCAGUACGCCCAUGUCUUUAGUACCGUUGAUAGUUACGUAACGCAGUACCACGACACCUUGGAGAUGAAAGCCGCGGAGAUAUCCGAACAGGUGGAUGCCUAUCUGGAGGCCAACCCCACAACAGGUGUGGAUGGUGGGGACGGGAACCCACCGCAGCAGCAUGGACCCCAGUGCGCCACUACGACAUACGCUCCCGAGUGGAGGGUGGUUACCCAUGCGGACACAUUGGUCAGUGAACCCAUCCAGUGGCUAGUAGGCAACUUCAGCGAGAUUCUCUCGCAGAGUACCCAGCCAAUCCGCGAGUCACAUGAGGCAAUGCGGAAGAGAACCCUUCUACUUGAUGUGUUCAACACCGUGCUGCUCUACCAGUCCGUCGACCCGGUCAAGGUCUUCGUGGCUUCUUCACUGGUCGAUAACGUCAUGUACUCAGUAACGAGCACCUGGAUGGAGGUCUUGAAACUGGCGACUCCUAGUAGCGAUUCGAUAAUGACUGACGGUGAUGCUGCCAGGUCGGAUCCCUCAAUGGUAACCGGAGGGGGCUCGGUCAUGCCCCCGGCCGGUCUGGUCGCCAAUUUCGGGAUACCCGCCUCGCUGUUUUUCCUCAAACCUCAAACGGUAGAGCGUUUGCAAGCGAUUUACUCAGUCGAAUUGGCCGAGAUCUCUGAAAGUCCCGCCCUACAACUCCUUGAACAUCUCCACUCCGAUUACCCCGACCACCUCGAAAGCUACCUCUACACUCUCGCCCAAGAGGUGCUCUCUGCAUCCGACCGGCACCGCAUGGAGGACCCAAAGAUGUCCAUGAUCGACAAGGAAACCAGGUUUCUGUUCGAGGAGCUGUUCGGACAUCUCCAGAUGAGAGAGUACUUGGGCAUGGCUUUCCGAGCUGUUGAUGAAAUGUGGCAGAAGAUGGCUCAGUCUGGGCCGUCGUCCACCACCGACGCGCAGACGCCGGCUCACGUCACGGUGGAGUGCACCAGGUCGUCGCGCUUUAACCCCGUACCCGUGAACUGCUCUGUGUGCUGGAAGACCGAGGCAGAGACGCUGAUGCAAGAAGUCAAUGCAGCUGCUCGCCCGGCGAUGGAGGAGCUUCAAGCAUUCCUGGAGCAACGGUCCCGACGACUGAUGGCUUACAUCAUGCCAGCCGAACUAGUCUUCAAACGGAUAAGCAACCAUGUUUCGCUCUCCGCGGUGGUGGGUGUUUUUGGUGUGCGGGAUUUUUUGGGUGAGCUACCUCGGUGCGGUGUCUGGGAAGCAGAAUUUCGGAGGAACGGUGACUACGCAAUCGGCGAGGGACGCGGGAGUGCCAACGCCGGAGACGGUCGGCGGGGAAACGGUACGAGUUCCCCCGUCGGAGGCACUGGAGACGCGGGCAAGGAUGGUCCCGACGGUAGCGGCAAGGCUACGGUAACCGACGGGCAGGGAGUCACCCAGCAGGCGCCGUUCGGGGGCGACGACGGGGGUGGCACGGUCGCACCCAGCGGUGGGGGAGACACGGCAGGGGGAGACAAGGGUACCGGUGAGACUUCAACCCCCAUCCCUGGGGGAAGCGGGAACGGCAAUCCGUACAAAGAUGCUAGCGGAGAUCAUUCUACUCAAUCGCCUAUUGAUAAAGUUGACAACAGCACCCAAGCUUCGGACGCAAAGGAUGCCAAGCUUCAAAACUCGACACUGGCUUCCCCCACCCAGGGGCAACGAGAUGACAAAGAGGGUAGCAGCGUGGGCAAAACAGCAACCCAGGAAACUGUCCACCGGGGUGACAAGGGCGACAGUUUGGACGGGACGAUGCCUCAAGUUACCGCGCAGAAUGACGGCGACGGUAGCAACGCCGGUGUCACUCAUCAUCCACCGAAUCGCGGAGAGGAUGGGGUGAAUGGUGGCACCGAGAUUUUGGCCGAGACAGAGGCCCCGAUAACCGACCGGAACGAAGGGGGCGGUAGCAAUAUUGGCAUCACUUACCCACCGAAAGACCAACAGCAGGACGGGACAGAUAGUACCGGUCUCGAAGAAACGGUGACCCGUGAUGGUGGCCGGUACCCUCAAGACGGAAACUCUCUCGGCGGGACAGAAGCCCCGAUAACCGACCGGAACGAAGGGGGCGGUAGCAAUGUUGGCAUCACUUACCCACCGAAAGACCAACAACGGGACGGCACUGAUAGUACCGGUCUCGAAGAAACGGUGACCCGUGGUGGUGGCCAGUACCCUCAAGAUGGAAACUCUUUCGGCCGGACAGAAGCCCCGAUAACCGUCCGGAACGACGAAGAGAAUGGAAACCAUGCCGGUAUCACCUACCCUAAAUCUCCCACCGAUCACGCCGGGCCGACAACCCCAAGCGGCGACCGGAAUCAUCAAAAUGGUAAAGACGAUCCCGGCAUCAGGAAGGACGGGACGACUCCUUCGGACGAUCGUGUUGACGAUGAAGUCGCUACAACCGAAAGCAGUGAUGGCGAAGGACCACAUCGAGGAGAUGGUGUGACAGAGGAUGGAGGAGAUGGUGAAACACCCAACGAAGGAGGCGGCGUGACACGGGAGCCAGAUAAUGGUGAUGGAAGUCCGAGCAAAGGUGAUGUUACACAAGAGCCAGGAGACGGUGAAAGACCAGGCACCGAUGGGGAAACUCCAGGCGUCGUUGAUGCUACACGAGAACCAGUAGAUGGUGAAACUCCAGGCCCCGAUGGUGAAAGACCAGAUGGUGAAACUCCAGGCGUUGUUAAAGCGACACAAGAACCAGGAGAUGGGGAAACUCAAAGACCAGGCCCUGAUGGUGAAAGACCAGACGGUGAAACUCCAGGCGUUGUUAAAGCGACACAAGAACCAGGAGAUGGGGAAACUCGAAGACCAGGCCCUGAUGGUGAAAGACCAGAUGGUGAAACUCCAGGUGUUGUUAAAGCGACACAAGAACCAGGAGAUGGGGAAACUCAAAGACCAGGCCCUGAUGGUGAAAGACCAGACGGUGAAACUCCAGGCGUUGUUGAGGCUACACAAGAACCAGGAGAUAGGGAAACUCGAAGACCAGGCCCUGAUGGUGAAAGACCAGAUGGUGAAACUCCGGGCGUUGUUGAUGCUACACAAGACCCAGGAGAUGGUGACAGACCAGACCCUGAUGGUGAAAGACCAACCGUAGAAAUUCCCAAAGUUGUUGCCAUCGUCAGUGGACCCCACGAGAUACCCUUCUGCGGGAGUUUGCUUGUCCGUGGUAGCGCAUCCGUGGGUCCUAGUCUUACGUACACAUGGGCGAUAACUAGCAGCCAGGGCACUUCUGAAGCAUUGUCUGCUCGUCUCAAGACAAUCAACGAUAACAACUACUCGGACUUGAAGCUGGCCGGCGAACUGUUGACGGUCGGCGUUAUGUACACUGUCACGCUGACUGUCUCUGGGGGGAGGGCCAUGCCAAACACUGCCACGCACAAGGUGCGAAAACUGCCGGAGGCAGUCAUGAAGCCAGGCUUGGAGAUCCGGCACCGCAGACUGGGCGAUAACAAUGUCGUCUUGGCAUCGAAAAGAGUUGUCUUGGUGGCAGACGUCCAGUUCUACAGCAGCUGCAUUGAAUCGUCAAGCGUGGACUUCAUCUGGACGGUGACUGGGGCGAACGGUCAGAACAUCCCUGGCAUCGUCCCUGAUGUCAUCAAUCGCGGCGGCAGGAACCAGAGGUUCUGGGCCCACAAACUACCAGUUGGACAACCCAUCACCAUCUCUGUGGCUAUCCCUCCCAACGGGGAGACGGUGCUGGUACGCACGACCACGUCGAUCACCAUCACCGUGCAGCGGUCUGACCUGGUGGCAUCCAUCAAGGGCGGGAACAAGGUCACCGUCGGCCGAGACGCUGCAGAGAAGUUGUCGCUGGACGCCUCGGAGUCUUACGAUCCGGACAACGACGAGGCCAGACUCAGCUACAGCUGGUCCUGCACAGGGAACGGCGGAGAAAGUUCCGACUGCACUGGACUACCCUCUGCCCUGGACAAGCCUGUCCUGGAAGUGACCCCAAGUAGCCUGAGCGUCGGGUCGUACACCUUCGUUGUCACCGUGAGUCGGUCUCAGGGUGAGGGGGAGGCCACUGCAAGGGUGAUGGUGGAGGUUGACAAUGGGGAUCCCCCACAGAUGAAGCUGAGAGCACCCUUCAUGGGCAUGUUCAAGCCGUCCAGGCGCGUGGUCGUCAACGCCGGGAUCCGCAAAGCCGCGCUGGUGGAGAGCGUUGAGUGGCGCGUGCUGGGGGAAACGGUGCAGGGCGCCACCACGAGUAUCGUCAAAAAGCCGGACACCGUCACGGCCAGCUUCAGUCUCCCUGCAGGUGUUUUGUCAGCUGGUCGUGACUACACCAUCUCCGCUACUGCUAAGGAUAGCAAUGGUAACACGCUGACAUCAGGCGCUACGACCAUCACCAUUUACAAAGGCGUCACAGGAUGCGAGCUGCAACUUAUCAGCACAGAGUACCGAGUUUUUGAAAUCAUUGACAUCAAUGUCGUGGGCUGCAUGGGAGAAGGCCAGCUGAGCUACAAGGCAUUCGUGGCCCCCUCAGCCGAUUCCAAAAAACGUCAGGUACUGACGACGUCGGCCAGUGACCAGUCCAGGCUGAACCAAGACCGAGCCGUGGAAGUACCUGAUGCCGCGACAGUCGCCAUCAUAGUAAAGGUGUGUGACGAGACCCGCAGCUGCCAGGUUGUCUCUCAGGAGGGUAUAGCGCAGGUCAAGGAGGCUACGGAGCAAGGCAUUCAGGCAGUGAAGAACGCAAGAAUGGAAUCGGUCCAGAAAGGGGAUUUUGUCGGCGCCGUGCACCAGAACGGCAUGCUGGUCAAGUACGGUCCCGCAGACAGCACCGGCAGGCGUCGCCGGCGCGGCGCCUACGAAGAAGCCCGCGACAGGCACCAUGCGUUCUUCCUCAACGCCACGUCCGAUUUCCCCAACUUGGACGUCUCGCAGUGGGACUCCGUCGCGGUCGACUUGGAUUCUUUCCUCGUGGAAGAAAUGGAAGCUAAACUUGAUGCAGUGGACAACAUCCAGACGAUGUUAACUUCCUACCUGGAGCUGAAUCCGGAGGAGUUUGACGGGGAUGCAAGAGACAGCAUCUUGAAGAAGAUCGGAGAGGUGAUGAUGGAUCUGACACCAGACACGCAGGAGAGCAGGGACCUCAUCCGCAGAUGCAGGACAAUGAUAAGACAAAUCACCACACACGCUGGUCGUGGGCUGGCGGAGGGAGACAGCAUCACCACCCCGACGGGCCGCAGCACCGUGCACAUCAAGAGACUCACCCUGCAAGCCUCCCAAGCUAUCCAGGCUGGCACCACCAUGCUCAAGUUCCCUCCAUCCCUCGAACACAUCGGUACCAGCGUAACGCUGAACGUCGAGGAAUAUGACGACACUGAGGACUUCAACAGCGAAACCAGCAGGACACAACCGUUAUCUGGACCGAUACGCUCCAUCACCAUGCAGGACGAGAAUGGAGUCGCCUAUAAUGUUGUGGACAUACCGGAUCCCAUCGAGAUCACGUUCCCGCAGAUAGAUGGCAAACACAUCUGCCUGUACUACGACGAUGGCGACAAGAUGUGGAGUAAGAAGGGUCUGACGACAAAGCAAGCACGGGCGGGCGAUGCCGUGACCUGCCAGACCAGCCAUCUCACCGACUUUGCCAUUGCGGGCGACGUGAACAACGGAGGAGUGGUUGACCCAAAUAAAGGCACGAUAGUUCCUAUUGCUGGUCUGACAGUGGCAGCGGUGGCCGGAAUCAUCGUGGGCGUCCUGGCCUUGUUGGUCAUCGUCGUCCUCAUCGUGUUCAUGGUCCUCAAGGUCAGCAAGAACAAGAAAGUUAACCCCAAGGAUUAAGGCCCGGCCAGAUAAUCCCCGGAUUAUCAUAAUCCAAUCACUAGUAGAGGCUGGGUUAUGGUAAGAGCGUCCUGGAUAUGGGUUAUGGUAAGAGCGUCCUGGAUAAUGGUUUAUCAACUUGAGUUAAACCCUCACUUGUUAAUAACCGCUUUUGAAAAGUCCGGCAAAAAAAUUGACUUGAGCAGGGUUUGAACCUGCGACCUCCGGAUAACCGUUCCUGUGCUCUACUAACCGAGAUAUCCAGCCAUGAACUGGCGGUUCCCCAAUUUGUCAUUAUCUUUUUUCAAGGGUCGCUAGUCCGAAGCCAUAAACUUUUAAUGAACCACCAAGGGAAACUGACUAGGUGUCAAUAACUGGUAAGUUAACGAACUGGAUUAUUACUUAAUCCAACAAAAACGAAUAAAAAUCCGUCAUUAAAAUUGAAAAUGGAUUUCCUUAAUCCAGCUAACUUAGCCCCUGCCAUGUCAAUGUACUGUGAAGAAGAUGACAAUCAAAUUUUAUCCAAAAUUGAAUGAUUUUCGAGAUAAUUUAAUUCCAAACUUAAUUUUUACCGAUGUACAGUAUAAAGCGCCCUUUUUUGACAGUCUGUACCCAAUGAGCUCAGGGGUUGAGGGAAACUAGCUGAACUUGAUUCAUCUGAGUAUACAGUGUUUAUACGUCGGUGAAGGGCAAAACCUAAUUUGAUUUACAUCACCCCGACGCACAAUUCUAUCUUAUGAAUAAUUGAUUCGUCGUAAUAUUUUGAAAAAAAUUCCUACAAAUAAAUUUAGACCAUUGAUCAUGUUAAAAAGUUUUCACAUAUUUGUAUCUAGCUAAUAUGCCCCAUUGAUGAUCCCUUUCAAAGAACAACGAAAUCUCAUGCAAAGGAUCUAAUGUUUCACAGUCUUAAAUUUUAAAUCGUUUUGGAAGUAAAGUUGAAUUGUUUUUUUUGUGGACUUAGUGUUACAGUUUAGCAGUGAGAAAUGUGUGGAAAUGUUAAAAUUGAGCUGCAAAUCCUUUGCUCAUCCCUUUUUUUCCAAAAAAAAUAAUCAUGAAUUCCCACCAAGCCAGAAAAAAACCCAGCAAAUCUGAGAAUUAAUUUGUUUUAAUUUUUUUUUGAAAGGCCUACUUUGAUCCUUCAUAAUAAUCUGCAUAUUUAUUUUGUACAUUUUUAAAUUUGUAUACCCCAAAAAUACAAUCAAACCAAUUUUAAGGAACAAUUAAUGUUACAAUUUCACAAAAUAAAAGUCAUAGAUAAUCGAAUUUAAGUUAAAUUUCUAUUCACUUGACAGAUACUUUUUUAGUGUAGUCAUUCAGACUUUUCAAAAAUUGUUUCCAGUCUGUUUGUUAUACUAUUUUGUUUUUUAAAGAAAACAUCGUAAAAGUUAUUUUGUUUUGUUUUAUAGACACAAAAAUUAGGGCAGUCCGUUAGGUUCCAUAUGAGAUCUGUUACAAAAAAAGGUCCCCGUCCCACUUACAUCUUGGCAACAUUUCAUUUUCUAGUUCUGAAUUUUCAAAUCCAUGAAGCGUCAUCUUAAUUUGGGGAAAAUUAAGAUCAACAAAAAAACAUUCCUCACUCGAUGCACACACAGAUGUAAAGUUAAGAGCAUAGGAUAUGCAGCUUAGUAAUAACAAUAUUAAAACUUUGUGUUCUUUUUGCUCACAAAAUUAGUCGCACACAAUUUAAAAUUGCACUUCUAUGCACUUUUAUGCAUGAUUUUCACAAUUAAUAUGCUCACAUUACCUUCUACGCAAAUGCAUUAUAAAAAAUUACCCCAAAUUUUCUGAUAUGCAAAUUGUUCAUUCGACUUUUA